CAAAGUCAUCAAUGCUUUUGGCAAAGUCAGCCAGUUCAUCGACGAUCUGAAGAACCUGGCCCCAGAUGCACACAAGGCCCUGAACAGCAGCAUCAGUGAUAUCAAGGGCAGCAUGAACAGCAUCAUCGGUGACAUCACAAGCUCUCAUGAGUGGUGGAGCUCAGAAAAGUCGCCGUGGUCUGAUGGACCUCCUGUCUGGUGCCACCAAUGGUACGGAACUGGGAACAGCUUUCAAAGUCAUCAAUGCUUUUGGCAAAGUCAGCCAGUUCAUCGACGAUCUGAAGAACCUGGCCCCAGAUGCACACAAGGCCCUGAACAGCAGCAUCAGUGAUAUCAAGGGCAGCAUGAACAGCAUCAUCGGUGACAUCACAAGCUCUCUCAUGAGUGGUGGAGCUCAGAAAAGUCGCCGUGGUCUGAUGGACCUCCUGUCUGGUGCCACCAAUGGUACGGAACUGGGAACAGCUUUCAAAGUCAUCAAUGCUUUUGGCAAAGUCAGCCAGUUCAUCGACGAUCUGAAGAACCUGGCCCCAGAUGCACACAAGGCCCUGAACAGCAGCAUCAGUGAUAUCAAGGGCAGCAUGAACAGCAUCAUCGGUGACAUCACAAGCUCUCUCAUGAGUGGUGGAGCUCAGAAAAGUCGCCGUGGUCUGAUGGACCUCCUGUCUGGUGCCACCAAUGGUACGGAACUGGGAACAGCUUUCAAAGUCAUCAAUGCUUUUGGCAAAGUCAGCCAGUUCAUCGACGAUCUGAAGAACCUGGCCCCAGAUGCACACAAGGCCCUGAACAGCAGCAUCAGUGAUAUCAAGGGCAGCAUGAACAGCAUCAUCGGUGACAUCACAAGCUCUCUCAUGAGUGGUGGAGCUCAGAAAAGUCGCCGUGGUCUGAUGGACCUCCUGUCUGGUGCCACCAAUGGUACGGAACUGGGAACAGCUUUCAAAGUCAUCAAUGCUUUUGGCAAAGUCAGCCAGUUCAUCGACGAUCUGAAGAACCUGGCCCCAGAUGCACACAAGGCCCUGAACAGCAGCAUCAGUGAUAUCAAGGGCAGCAUGAACAGCAUCAUCGGUGACAUCACAAGCUCUCUCAUGAGUGGUGGAGCUCAGAAAAGUCGCCGUGGUCUGAUGGACCUCCUGUCUGGUGCCACCAAUGGUACGGAACUGGGAACAGCUUUCAAAGUCAUCAAUGCUUUUGGCAAAGUCAGCCAGUUCAUCGACGAUCUGAAGAACCUGGCCCCAGAUGCACACAAGGCCCUGAACAGCAGCAUCAGUGAUAUCAAGGGCAGCAUGAACAGCAUCAUCGGUGACAUCACAAGCUCUCUCAUGAGUGGUGGAGCUCAGAAAAGUCGCCGUGGUCUGAUGGACCUCCUGUCUGGUGCCACCAAUGGUACGGAACUGGGAACAGCUUUCAAAGUCAUCAAUGCUUUUGGCAAAGUCAGCCAGUUCAUCGACGAUCUGAAGAACCUGGCCCCAGAUGCACACAAGGCCCUGAACAGCAGCAUCAGUGAUAUCAAGGGCAGCAUGAACAGCAUCAUCGGUGACAUCACAAGCUCUCUCAUGAGUGGUGGAGCUCAGAAAAGUCGCCGUGGUCUGAUGGACCUCCUGUCUGGUGCCACCAAUGGUACGGAACUGGGAACAGCUUUCAAAGUCAUCAAUGCUUUUGGCAAAGUCAGCCAGUUCAUCGACGAUCUGAAGAACCUGGCCCCAGAUGCACACAAGGCCCUGAACAGCAGCAUCAGUGAUAUCAAGGGCAGCAUGAACAGCAUCAUCGGUGACAUCACAAGCUCUCAUGAGUGGUGGUGGAGCUCAGAAAAGUCGCCGUGGUCUGAUGGACCUCCUGUCUGGUGCCACCAAUGGUACGGAACUGGGAACAGCUUUCAAAGUCAUCAAUGCUUUUGGCAAAGUCAGCCAGUUCAUCGACGAUCUGAAGAACCUGGCCCCAGAUGCACACAAGGCCCUGAACAGCAGCAUCAGUGAUAUCAAGGGCAGCAUGAACAGCAUCAUCGGUGACAUCACAAGCUCUCUCAUGAGUGGUGGAGCUCAGAAAAGUCGCCGUGGUCUGAUGGACCUCCUGUCUGGUGCCACCAAUGGUACGGAACUGGGAACAGCUUUCAAAGUCAUCAAUGCUUUUGGCAAAGUCAGCCAGUUCAUCGACGAUCUGAAGAACCUGGCCCCAGAUGCACACAAGGCCCUGAACAGCAGCAUCAGUGAUAUCAAGGGCAGCAUGAACAGCAUCAUCGGUGACAUCACAAGCUCUCUCAUGAGUGGUGGAGCUCAGAAAA